UCCGCUCCCCGUUCCCCCCCGCCAGCCGCGCGCAGGCGCGGACCGUCCGCACGCAUUCUACGUAACGGAUGGCGGAGACUACGUGAAGAGUGGCUCAGCGUGAUUGAUCUACCUGAUCCGGCUGUGUCCUAGAGGGAUCGGGGGCAGUAAAAUCGCGGUGAUCGCUCAGGUGGCAGUCGGGCCGAGAAGCGGCGGCCGCAGGAGCGCUGGGCCGGUUUCUAGCCGCAGUACAGGUGCAAUGAAAGCCUUCCUUGCUUUCUGUAUUGUCCUUUUGGUGUUCGGGAGGGUCUCUGAAGCCAAGUUUGAUGAUUUUGAGGAUGAGGAAGACAUAGUAGAAUACGAUGAUAAUGACUUUGCUGAAUUUGAGGAUGUCACAGAAGAUUCUGUUACUGAAUCUCCUCAACGGGUGAUAACAACUGAAGAUGAUGAAGACGAGACCACUGUGGAGUUAGAAGGGCAGGAUGAAAACCAAGAAGGAGAUUUUGAAGAUGCAGAUACCCAGGAGGGAGAUACAGAGAGUGAGCCAUAUGAUGAUGAAGAAUUUGAAGGUUAUGAAGACAAACCAGAUACUUCUUCUAGCAAAAAUAAAGACCCAAUAACAAUUGUUGAUGUUCCUGCACACCUCCAGAACAGUUGGGAGAGUUAUUAUCUAGAAAUUUUGAUGGUGACUGGUCUGCUCGCCUACAUCAUGAAUUAUAUCAUUGGGAAGAAUAAAAACAGCCGCCUUGCUCAAGCCUGGUUUAACACUCAUAGAGAGCUUUUGGAGAGCAACUUUACCUUAGUAGGGGAUGAUGGAACUAACAAAGAAGCCACAAGCACAGGAAAGCUGAACCAGGAGAAUGAGCAUAUCUACAACCUGUGGUGUUCUGGCCGAGUGUGCUGUGAAGGGAUGCUUAUCCAGCUGAGGUUCCUCAAGAGACAAGACUUACUGAAUGUCCUGGCCCGGAUGAUGAGACCAGUGAGUGAUCAAGUGGUAUGUAUUCUUCCUGCUGGUUUUCUCUGUACAGACUGAAUUCUUAACUUCUUA